UUUGGCCUUGAAAUCCACCGCACUCUUCUCUCCGGAACCUUUUACACCAGCUCGGCACACAUCUCACAAUCUCAUUGUACCACCACAAGCACUCGUUCUCUCUUGAAAAUAGCACAAUGAAAACGAUCUCCAACAACAACAACGCCGCAAUGAAACGAGUUUGCUUCCACAGCGACGAUACCUUGAGGGAUGUCUCUCCUCACCAUUGGAUCAUGUCCGAGUCAGAGCAGGCGUCCAUGUUUUACACCAUGGACGAGAUGAGGGGUUUCCGUCUCGAUGCCAGGGCCAUUCGGCGCAAUCCAUCUAGCUUGGAUGAAUCCACCGACUGCUGGCGCGGUCUGGAACCCUACGUGAGCCGAAAGAGAGAACUGCGAGCGACUCGACGGAACUAUAUUUUUGCCGUCUUGCACCGUCAGUGCGAAAAUCGAAGGAUGAUGAUAAAGCAGAACCAACAACAACAACAACUGCAAGAGCUAUCUCCCGAUGACUUUGACUUUGCCCAUGAUUUAUCCAUGGUGGCAAGAGAACAGAGCAAAGAGUCUGUCCAACGAGCAUUGGUCUCUGCCAUUCGAGACUUUGUCGACUCGCUGCAAUUAAUGCCACAGCCAUUAGUAGUGGCAAGAGGAAGAGAUCAUCGCAAUCAGCAUGCCAAGAACGUGACACCACCAUCGUACUAUGACAACGUGAUGGGCAACACUGGACUGCCCAAACCACCAAGAGAAAUCGCCACGGCUAGGUCCGCAUAGCGUGUUCUCGCGGCUGCUAUUUGAAUUAAGCUAAUCCUCCGCUUGUAAAAUAUUACUAAUCAUCAACAUCCGGCUGGAAAAUUCCUCUAGCAAUAGUUGGCUAGCUAGCUCUCCUUCUAUCCCGGUCGGUACGAACCACUGCCAGCGGGUAGAAUGUACAUGCGUAGAACCCAUGUUGGAGAUGGCAACGAGUGCCAUCUUCUGUAUUACAUAACCUUCUAAAGACAAGUGUGUUGUUCUUUUCAUACUAAGCCCGGUC